AUGCUCCUCGCCGAGCCCCCAGGCUCAUCUGCCGUCAACGAGGAGCCCCAACCAUCUACUUCUCAGGCGGAAGUCCUGUCGACGUGCUCUUCCCAUUCUGGAGACAGCGGCCACCACUCUGACAGCUCGAAUCGGCUCUCCCUCCUCGCCGACUCUCCACUCCUGUGGACGGGCAAAAACUCUGAAAGCGAGCCGUUGAUCGACAAUCCGCCUGGGCUGACACUUCCCGAUCUCGAGGCCGGUUAUGGUAUCCACCGUGAUGAGGAUGCCCCCGGACUCGCUCAAUGCCGAUUGGGCACCAGCAAGUUUUCUUUGGCUUCUGCUCAUUCCGCCGCCACUUCCACGAGCUCCCAAUUUCUGUGUCGAAUCUGCCAUAUCAGCAAGCAGUCGGCAAAAGACCCGCUCGUCUCGCCAUGUCGAUGCUCGGGCAGCAUGCUCUACGUGCACAAAGCUUGUUUAGUGCACUGGCUCGAGCUGUCGACCCGCAAGAUGGUGCCAGCGCCCCGGUGUGAGCUCUGCGGCUACAACUAUCGACGGGGAAACUUUUUACAUCUUCGCCGUCUCCACCUUCCACACGCCGACACACGGGAUCGCGUGCUGAACUGCCUUUUCGUGUUCGUCUUCUCGAUUAUGGUCAUCUGCGCCUGUAUGGCCAUCCAUUUUCUGCACAUGGAUCAGUACAACACCACGUUACGUGGUUACCGAAUCGUCUCUUCUCGCCUCACACAGGAAGACUUCAUCGUGAUCGGCUCCUCGAUCCUGUUCUUCGUCGCAUUCUUCGUGGCCAUAUUCACACAAUACCGUGCUGAAGCGUCCAUUUUCCGCCUCAUAUUCAGAUGUUGGGUGAUCAACCGAAAUUGGACGAUACGAAACUAUAGACCGGAAGAAGACACUGAGAUGCUGGAAGCUCGAAGAAAUCGAGCCCUCGUUCAAGCCAACCCACCCGCGCAGUCUAUCAUAAUGCCGAAAGGCCUUGCCUCUACAUAUACAGCCCAUGUACAACAGAUAAUAGCCCCUAACAUUUAC